AUGGCGACCAUCGACCUGAGCUCGCACCGGAGGUUCCUCCUCAGUGACGAGAAUCUCAUGAGUCAACUGCCGCCCGAGAUACUGCAGAUUAUCCGCAGUCACGACCCCACGAACUUUCUUGAUGCCGUUGCUGCUGCGGCCCUGGUCCCCGAGGCGACCAGCUCGAUUUAUGUCUACUUUGAGAACGUCUUCGCCGACAUUUGCGCAAGAUGGCUUCUCAAGCCUCGCCGCGAAGGCCAGGAGGACCGAAUUAUUGCCGCCUUUGCAAGAAUCCUCCCAUUUGCGCCUUCCCUCUCCGUUUUUCUUGAGCAGUACUUGAGAGAAACCUCGACAUGUCAUGGAGAUGGCUCCCGAAUUUUCAUGGUCAACUCCUUGGACUCACUCCACGCAGGCGAUCUGGUGCCAAUCCUGAUUGCAGUGUGGCGCUUACUCAAUUUUGACAGGCGGACCUAUCGCCAGUUGGUUCUUCCCUCCCAGAUGCAGGCUUUGUUCAAGCACGAACGGCUGCCGGUGAGAUAUGUGGCCAUCAGAGUUUUCUGUCUACUUCUAUCGGCGUCGGACCUCAAGUUGGAAGAGUUGAUACGAGAGCACGUCUCAGUCGAAGAUGCGCCUGGUUUUGACUACCAAGCCCAGCGCAAAGCGUUAGCCGAUGCCGAGGAAAAGGGGAAGAACCUCGACGGCGACUUCGAUGGCCAAACCCUCGACCUCACCUUUCUUUCACUAUUUGAGCAGCAGCGGGCCAGGGAGAUAGAAGAGCUUCGACAAGAAUUGAGAACUAUUCCUGAUGUUCCGGCCGCAAGCUUUCCCCUGCAGCUUCUCACUCCUCGUGUCAUUCGUUAUGGCACAACCCUUCUCCCCCGACCUCAUGGCCCACCCACCUCCUCCUCCGCUCUUGUUCACACAUCGACAACCCUUGUCAAUCUAGAAGCGCUCUCUCGGUCUCUGCAGAUGUCUGGACCGAUCUUGCUCCAUGGUCUACCUGGGUCUGGCAAGACCUCGGUUGUGCAUGAGCUGGCUCGUGAGCUUGGCAUGGACUCCGGUAUGGUGACUCUCCACCUGAAUGAACAGACAGACGCGAAGAUGCUCAUUGGUCUUUACUCGACGGACUCAAAACCCGGGUCAUUCUCCUGGAGGCCCGGUGUCUUGACCACCGCAGUGAGAGAAGGGCGAUGGGUAUUGAUUGAGGACCUCGAUCGGGCCCCCAACGAAGUCAUGAGCACGCUACUUCCUCUAGUAGAGCGCGGCGAACUUUUGAUUCCCAGCCGAGGAGAGAAGAUAGUAGCGCCCAGCAGUUUCCGCCUGUUCGCGACUGUCCGGACUUCGCGGGGCAUGCAUGGGCAGGAAAACCUACCGACUCUCCUCGGUCAGCGUUUCUGGCAUUCAGUUCCUACCAGGAUGGCCCCGCCCACCGAACUCCAGGAAAUUAUUCUGGGCACAUAUCCUCUACUCCACAAGUUCAUACCCGACAUCAUCUCUGUUUACAACAGACUGUGCAGCCUGCCGUCUAGGUCAGCUGGGGCAGGACGAGGUAUCGCUGACCGCCCAGUCACGCCUCGAGAUCUUCUGAAGUGGUGUAGGCGACUCCAUGAGCUGCUGAUUGCUUCCGGAUGUAAGACUGGCGAUGAGCCCAUCAGCGAGACGACAAGGGACUGGAUGUUCCUGGAGGCAGUCGAUUGCUUCUGCGGUAGUGUGCCAAAUAUGGAGGCCAAGGCUGCUCUCGUGAGUAGCAUUGCUCAGCAAAUGCAUUUGCCCCCACAACGGGUAGACCAUUAUAUACAGGCAUAUGUUCCACAGCUGGAAGAGGCUCCGAGUAGUCUCAGAGUUGGCCGGACGGUGCUGGGUCGUAAGAUGAGGGGCAAUAGGGUUACCAAGUCCAAGAAACCAUUUGCAAGCACUAGCCAUGCGAAGCGGCUUCUGGAACAGAUUGCUGUAGCAGUCAAACUCCGGGAGCCGACUUUGCUGGUGGGUGAGACUGGUAUUGGUAAAACGACGGUGGUACAGCAACUCGCCGAGUCGCUGGGCCACAAGCUUGUCGCUGUGAACUUGUCCCAGCAGAGCGAGGUCAGUGAUCUUCUUGGAGGGUUCAAGCCAGUCAACGUACGCACUCUCGCCGUCCCAUUGAAGGAAGAGUUCGAGGAUCUCUUCGCCUCAACAGGUAUCUCCGCCGCAAAGAAUCAGAAGUAUCUCGACUCUAUCGGAAAAUGCAUUGCGAAGGCCCAGUGGACGAGGGUAUCUAAGCUAUGGCGAGAAGCCCCGAAGAUGUUCAACAAGAUUGUCGAAGAGCUCCAGAGGCAGGCAAGGACGGCGAAUGGUGAUGAUUCUGGAGAUCGUCCUCCCGUGAAACGGAGGAAAACAGAGUCUAGACUCCUGUCCCUGCUUGACCUCAGGCCUCGUUGGGAUGCGUUCGAUAGAAGCCUUGACCAGUUCGACGUGCAAAUCUCAGGAGGCUCUGGUAGCUUCGCAUUCGCGUUCGUGGAGGGAAACAUCGUCAAGGCCGCCAGAAAUGGCGACUGGGUACUUCUAGAUGAGAUCAAUCUUGCCUCGCCUGACACAUUGGAGAGCAUUGCAGAUCUGCUCGCUUCUGGUCCAAAUGAUGAGCCAUCGAUUCUCUUGUCGGAAACGGGCGAAAUCGAGCGAGUGAAAGCCCAUCCUGAGUUCAGAAUUUUCGGCGCCAUGAACCCGGCAACUGAUAUUGGCAAACGAGAUUUGCCGAUUGGUCUGCGAUCGCGCUUUACAGAGUUAUAUGUCAGCAGCCCGGACAAAGAUCUCAAAGACCUUCUUACCAUCAUCAAGGCAUAUCUGCAAGGAAAUACCGCCAAAGACGAGCAGGCGGCGGAUGACAUCGCGAGGUUAUACCUCAAAACGAAGGAGCUCGCAGAUCAGAAGCGCCUUGUCGAUGGAGCGAAUGAAGUGCCACAUUUCAGUUUGAGAACUCUGACACGAGUGCUCAGCUAUGUGAACGAUAUUUCGCCAUUCUACGGUCUACGCAGAUCCCUAUAUGAAGGCUUCUCCAUGGGUUUCCUGACAUUAUUGAGCAAAGCUUCUGAAGACAUUCUGGUACCUGAGAUUCGCCGACAUCUUCUAGAGAAGCGUGGCAGUGCCAAGUCUAUCUUAUCUCAGCCACCGAAGCAUCCUAGCGAUGGCAAGCAGUACGUACGCUUUCAGAACGAGGAUAAGGAUCGCCACUACUGGCUCCUUCAGGGAGUCGAAACCCCAAGGAAGAACGAGGAUUACGUUAUCACAAAGUCAGUCGAGAGAAAUCUCCUGAACUUGGUGAGGGCUACUUCCACGAGGCGCUUCCCUGUUCUUAUCCAAGGUCCGACAUCUGCUGGAAAGACGAGUAUGAUUGAAUAUCUUGCAAACUUCAGCGGCAACAAGUUCGUCAGAAUCAACAACCACGAACACACCGAUCUUCAAGAGUACCUUGGUACUUACGUGUCUGGUUCCGAUGGAAAACUACGCUUUCAGGAAGGUAUUCUGGUUCAAGCCCUCCGAGAAGGACACUGGAUUGUACUUGAUGAGCUGAACCUUGCGCCUACGGAUGUUCUUGAAGCCCUCAACCGUUUGCUCGAUGACAAUAGAGAAUUGCUCAUUCCUGAGACACAGGAAGUUGUGCGUCCCCAUGAGAACUUUAUGCUGUUCGCAACGCAAAACCCCCCUGGCCUAUAUGGUGGACGAAAAGUACUAUCACGUGCUUUCAGGAAUCGUUUCUUGGAGCUUCACUUUGAUGACAUCCCGGAAAAUGAGCUGCAGACUAUUCUGCAAAAUCGCAGCAAGUUUACCGCUCCAUCUGACUGCAAGAGGAUCGUGGAUGUGUACAAGGAACUGGCGCGGCUUCGACAGUCAAGCAGGUUAUUUGAGAACAAGGACAGCUUUGCAACUCUUCGUGACCUGUUUCGAUGGGCCCUUCGUGGCGCCGAGACCCGAGUUCUCACGUUGCCGGGCGCAUCACCGAGAGAAGAGAUUGCCAAUCAAGGGUUCAUGCUUCUUGCCGAACGAGUCCGUAACGAAGAGGAACGUAUCGCCGUUAAGCAGGUUAUUGAGACGGUAUUCAAAGUCAAGAUCGAUCCCGACCAGCUCUAUGACGCACAAAAAUCGCCCUACUUGACGCAGAUGAAGUCACAAGAGAAUGCCCAAGGGGUGGUGUGGAACAGUGCCAUGCGCCGUCUCUACGUCCUAGUAGCACAGGCUAUGGCCAAUAACGAGCCUGUUCUGCUGGUCGGUGAGACUGGUUGUGGCAAAACCACAGUGUGUCAGCUACUCGCCGAAGCGCUUGGAAAGGAGCUACAUAUCGUCAAUGCACAUCAGAAUACUGAGACUGGUGAUUUGAUCGGAUCCCAACGCCCUGUGCGAAACAGAGGUGCAGUCAUGGAAACAUUGCAGCAGGAUCUUGCCAAGGCAUUUGCCUCACUCGGCCAGGCAAUCGAAGGCGAAGCCGACCAGUUGCUGCAACGAUACCACCAGCUAGACUCUUCACAAUUGGCUUUAGUGCCUCACGAUUUACAACAAUGGAUCAGCGCGAAUGAAGUCAAGAGCAAAGCGUUGUUCGAGUGGGCCGAUGGAAGUCUCGUGCAUGCCAUGCGGAAUGGGCAGUUCUUCCUUCUCGACGAGAUAUCCUUGGCCGACGAUUCCGUGCUGGAACGACUCAACUCCGUGCUGGAGCCUUCACGAACCUUGCUCCUGGCUGAGAAGGGUAUCGAUAACUCCUUCGUCAGGGCUGACGAUAGCUUCAAGUUCUUUGCUACUAUGAACCCCGGUGGCGACUUUGGUAAGAAGGAGCUUUCACCAGCGCUGAGAAACCGUUUCACCGAGAUAUGGGUCCCGCCGCUAUCUGGAACCGAAGAUAUCCUCCAAAUUAUUCGGUCCAAACUGAGGUCGGAAUUCCACGCCUGUGCACCAGCCAUUGUCGACUUCUCCUUCUGGCACAUCAGCCCGGCAGCAGCUGUCAUUCAUGGUGCAGCAACGGUUUUCAUCGAUACUCUCGGCGCCAACCCUUCUGCACUCAUUGCCCUUGACCCGAAGAGUAUGGACUCGCAACGCCAACAGUGCCUUGACAAGCUCAGUCAGCUACUGAAGGCCGAUGCUACCUCCAUAUACAGGGCCCCUCUUGAGCUUGUCGUGAAUCUACAAGAGUUGAGAAUUGGUGAUUUCGCAGUAGCUCGGGCUGCCACCGAUGACUUCGAGGCUGGUUUUGCGUUGCACGCUCCGACCACGAAGCUCAAUGCGAUGCGCGUUAUCCGUGCUCUUCAAGUCCAGAAGCCGAUUCUUUUGGAAGGAAGUCCCGGUGUUGGCAAAACGACUCUAGUCAGCGCGCUCGCUCGUGCCUGUGGACAACCUUUGACCAGGAUCAACUUGUCAGAUCAAACCGAUUUGAUGGACCUCUUUGGUACUGAUGUCCCUGUUGAGGGCGCGGGAGCUGGCAACUUCGCGUGGAGAGAUGCCCCGUUCCUGCGCGCCAUGCAGAACGGAGAGUGGGUUCUUCUUGAUGAGAUGAAUUUGGCCUCGCAGUCGGUCCUUGAAGGUCUUAAUGCUUGUCUUGAUCAUCGUGGUGAGGUUUACAUCUCCGAGCUGGACCAGACCUUCAAGCGUCACCCAAACUUCCGUCUCUUUGCCGCACAAAAUCCUCACCAUCAGGGUGGCGGCAGAAAGGGUCUCCCUAGCUCCUUCGUCAAUCGUUUUAUUGUGGUCUAUGCCGACGUGUUCACCGAGGAGGAUCUUCUCCUGAUUGCUCAGCAUAAUUUCCCUGCAGUUCCCCUCGAUACGGUUAAGAAUCUGAUCUCCUUCAUUUCCAAGCUUGAUGAUCAGGUAGUUGUGGAGAGAUCCUUCGGUACCCAGGGCUCACCUUGGGAGUUCAACCUCCGAGAUACUCUCCGAUGGCUGCAACUGCUCACGUCUGGCGAUCCGCUUCUCAGCACUGGAAAAGUUGAUGACUUCCUGGAUAUCGUGAUCCGUCAACGAUUCCGGAAUGCGGGAGACAGAAAGCAUGUGGAUCGUAUCUUUGCUGAGGCCUUCCAGUCAGCACCAAAAGAACACCAGCUAUUUCACAGCAAAAGUUCUCAAGUUGCCGAAGUGGGACUUGCCAUGAUUCAACGAGAGAAGCUUGUUCAGCCUUCAAAGUUCCCCUGCAUCAGUGAGGUUGUUCGCCUCACUGAGAUCGAAUCAUUGCUUAUUUGCAUAAAGCAGAACCUGCCUUGUAUCUUGGCAGGUCCAUCAGGAAGUGGCAAGUCGGCUCUUCUCCAGCAUGUAGCGGCACUCUGUGGGAAGGAGCUGAUCACUUUCCCGAUGAAUGCGGAUAUCGAUACUAUGGAUCUCGUCGGAGGUUUUGAGCAGCGUGACCCCCUUCGGGAAGUCAAUGUUGCCCUGCGGGAACUCCAAGAGGCUCUACAAGUCUCUGUUUUAAGCCUACUGCCGCAAGCGGCGCCAGAAGCUGCUGUUGACCUGCUCAACCAUCUCGAGAACAUCAGUGACCAGACUGACAAGCCAUCACAGUUGCUUGGCAAAAUUCAGAAACUUCAAGCCCAAAUCUCUUCAGAUUCCCAGCUUGCCAAGCUUCUGGAUAGGUCUCAGUCGUUGCUUUCUCGGUCGAAUGGAAUUCGCGAUCCUACUUUUGAGUGGCUUGAUGGUAUCAUCGUCCAAGCUCUGCAGAAGGGGCAGUGGCUCGUCCUCGAUAACGCAAAUCUGUGCAAUGCCUCCGUGCUAGACAGACUCAACUCGCUGCUUGAACCUAAUGGCUUCCUAAUCAUUAACGAGCACUGCGGACCCAAUGGCGAGCCUAGAAUUAUCACGCCGCAUCCCAACUUCAGGAUUUUCCUGACCAUGGACCCUCGAUAUGGAGAGCUUUCAAGGGCAAUGCGAAACCGUGGUAUUGAGAUUCACAUUGACUUCCACGAGUCUAGCAGACCGUCUUAUCUGCAAAGAAUGGCACAGGUCGAACCGAGCUUGGCAAGAUACGAAAUGCUAGGUGCUGCUGCAUUGGAUGAUGCUAAUAAGAGCACACAAUUCGCUUACCUGGCUGCCGAAAACCUCGGCAGGUCCGAUUUGUCCAACCUCGUGAGGUAUUCGAGCCACACGAGAAGGAAGUUGAUCAAACGCAAGCUGUGGGACUCGCUCGACCGAACAGAGAAAACGCGACAAGCAGCACUGGAUCAACUACUUCAGUUCACUCAGACAACCUCUAACACUCCCGGCAAGAUUCUGGCGGCCAUACAUGAGAUGAGCAGUACAUUGACAUCGGCCGCUCUCCCAGGACUUGGAGAUGUGCAGCCCUUCCACCCUUUGCAAAACACCACCAUCUUGCCGUUGCUACUAGGGUACAACACUGGACUCCCUGGCUGGGUUGCUACAUGCUAUGAGACCUAUAUGGGUGUUGCCAAGGCUCGAUCUGCUCUACAUGGACAAGCUACUUCUUCGAACGGCAGAAAUCCAUCAGACUGCAACCGUCUUCAGCGGUCGUGCAUGGCGAACAGAGCUCCCGCUGUCUCGAAAGACUCGACUGUCGGAGCUGCCAAGUUUCUCGAAGGCAGUCUUGAUGCAAUCGAAACUUACAUAUGUGCUCAGCUUACAUCUGCGAGCAACUGGAAAGAGCGCCGCUUCCUCAUAAACGGUUUGAUGCACUUCUGGUGGAGGACGUACAGGCUCCUUACAAAUGACGAGACCCUCGGAAAGUACAAUGAGGCCCGUUUCCAAGCUCAUCUUGGCCAAGGAGGCGAAGUCUUGAUGUCAUUUUUAUCUGGGGCCAAGGAUGACACUGCUCGCGAACUCGCAGCGUACCUUCUAACUGGCCUCGAGGAGAGCUUCAUUGCAGGUUUCAGACUCACUACAGGGUUGAGUAUGGAAGCGCUGUGGCACGCCUAUAGACCUGUGCCAAUAACUACUGCCUCGAUAGGCCAGAGAGCCGACGCCCUUGAGUUCUACGCACCCCAGUUUGACAACGUCAAAUGGCAUAAAGGGGCGUCUAUUGCUGAUAUCGGAAAUCUCGUGGCAUCUCUAUCUAAGACCUACCGCCUCCUGCGAGACGACAUACCUAACGCCGAUGAAAUCAUCCAGACUUAUCGUGCAGAGAUGGAAAAGCUUAGCACUGCAGAGGCGCGCGAUGCUGGCGCACGACCAAACAUGUCGGCCGAAUUCGAGGUUCUCCGUCAAGCCAUAGUUCUUGAGGCCAGCGCAACUAGGAAGUCUCUCGCCGACAUCAUAACCGAUGACUUGGUGGUUCUCUCGGAUCUCCCAAUGAAGGCUCACUUGCGCCUUCAAACCGCGACUUCAACGUGUCAGCCUUUGCAGUCUGUCGCAUAUCUCAUGGGCGCCCAUGCACUACGCCAAUCGGAUAACCUGGAUGAACACUCGAAGCCCGUCGAUCACCCUUGGACCAAGAGCAUUUCGGCAAGCAUUGUGUCGAAGCUUGAAUCUGUGAACUCAAUUGACCUGAAAUCCCUGCAUAUGCUGGAAGCUGAGCUACCGAUUCUGGCCAGACAAGUGGCAGUAUCUUCAGAAGCUAUCACUGAUGAUACGCUUGACAAGCUUGCCGACGUGCUGCGACUUUUGAUGCAAGACGUAGUUCAGACUUUGGGCCCCGAGUACGCAUCAGCCUUCAGGGAAGUUCAGCUUGAGCUUCUGAAGACCCUCGAAAGCUCUUCACUCAGCAUAAGUGAAAGUGGUCUCUUGUACGGCAUGAGCGCUCUGCAACAUUUUGCGCUACACGGCCAGCCUCACCUGACAACACUGACAUCAGACCAUCUUAUUCCAGCGAUGGUCUCCCUAUCAGCUGCCAACAAGGAAAUCGAGCCUAGACGCACAUACUUAGCCAACGCAUGGACUCAAUUCGGGCUGUAUCUCGUCAAGCUCUAUAUUCCUGAUAAAAUGUUUGACCCACAGCUGAAGCCCCAGAUGGUGGCACAAAGCCAUGAAGAACGACUGCAGCAACUCAACGAACAACUGAAAUCACUUCAGCAAUUUGCGAACUUCUUCACAGGUCAAUCCACCAGCUUACGAUCCGAUUUGGUGCAAGAAGAGGUCGUUCAUGUCGGCGCUACCCCUGAAUUCCCUGUGGCUGUUUACAGAGAUACCCACAGCACAAAGUUACAGGAUCUACAGGGACAUUUCAACAGUCUUUUGAAGACAGUUCUUGGCGCUGAUAUCACAUCAGUCUUCUUCCAGCACUGCUUUGGCUCUGAGCUGGCUACUCAGCAGCUGCAGCUGAUCCGUCAGAAUAUUUCACUCGUCGUCUAUAGGAUGGGAGCAUACUCCGACCCCUCUGCAUACGAGGACUUGAGGGUUCCUGCGAUCAAUAUCAUCCACUGCCUUGAGGUUGGACUUUCUUUGGCUGAAGUUGCUUCAGCUCAACGUGUCAAUACCCACAGUUCGAAUACGCUCCUGAAUAUCGUUCCAUUCAUCGGAGCAGGUACGGGUCACAAUCUCAAGAAGCAGAUCGAUAUUGACGGAUUCGAGCUCAUGUCUUACUUCUCCAAUGUUGUUUCUGUGGAGGGCAUCGCAAGUCUGAACGCAUCCAUGCGCCGCACGCUCUCCCAGACGAUUCACUCUUUCUACGAUCAGUGGAGCCAGAAACUCGAAGCCGAUCGCAAGGCAGAAGAGCAAAGGAAGAGCAUGUAUCGGUACCGAGGUGGCUUCGACGAACAUGAGGCUGCAGAGAAGGAGGAGUUUGACCAGCUCUUUCCCAGCUACGACGACCAAGAGGCCGAGGCGAUCGGUUUUCAUAAGCCCCAGAUACAGGAUGCACGUACCUUCGCCAUCAAACUGGCUGAAGUUCACCGAUCUAUCUUCUUGGCGCCUCACGAUGCUUCUGGUAGUAUCAGGGCCUUUUGCAAGCUAGCCAUUCGCAAAAUUUCAAAGAAUACCAAAGAGUGGGUACCAGAUGGAACUCUGCUUCCUGCCACUCUUUUGGUACUAGAUGAAAAGUUGGCGGAGCUCACUGCUACGACGACCUCACCAAAUUAUAACUUCUACGCGGAUUCCAACCUUCCUGAGGUGCGCAAGCUCGUCAAGCUUGUCAACGAGACCCGAAUUCGCUUCCGCCAGUUGCAACAAGUAGACGAGAUUGGACACAUGGUACCGCUUCAGGAUGUCAUUAAUGCUUGCGACAAGGUCAUGGAGCUCCCACAUUCCGAGCCUUUAGCCAAGAUUAUCACGGUUGUCGAGAAACUACAUGGAUUCGUCUAUGAAUGGCAGUUUGGAGGCUGGGCAAGCAAGGUCUAUGCCGUCCUGCCAUUGUACAACCGGUUGACAGACAUGCUCGUCUCAUGGCGCCGACUGGAGCUAUCCACCUGGGGCCGGCUAUUCGACAUGGAGUUCAAGAAAUCCCAAGACGACGCCAACUCCUGGUGGUUCGUUGCCUAUCAAGCAGUCGUUGCUGGACCCAUGGCCCUGGCCCAAUCCGACGAGGACCUCCAUGCUCAUGCUGCGAACCUGUUGAAAGAGCUCGAAACGUACUUUUCUUCAGCCACUGUCGGUCAAUUCGUCACUCGUUUGGAUCUAAUGAGACAACUGCACAAGCAACUUGAGCUUCUGGUCCUUGACUGGCCAUCCAUAUCAGUUAUCCGCGACGCAGUCCAGAACUUCAUUGGAUUCUACGCUCAUUUCGAAAAAGCCGCACAGGAAUCGCUACAAAGAGGUCGUACUCCGAUUGAAAAGCAGAUGAAAGAUGUCCUACUGUUUGCGAGCUGGAAGGACACCAAUAUUGCUGCGCUGCGAGAGAGCGCCCGCAAAUCCCAUCUGAAGCUAUUCAGACUGAUCAAGAAGUUCCGUGAUGUACUCGGACAGCCCAUGAAGACUAUUAUCGACCAGGGACUCCCAGACGAGACUCAUUCAGAUAAUCCACCCAAUCAAGCACAGAAUGUUGUCUCCGUAAAUGCAGCUGCUCUGGCCCAAUGCGAGCAGAAUGUCUCAGGCUGGUCCACAGAGUACAAGAGACUUGCCAACGUACAGCGAACUGUGGACAUUAUGGUCAAGAUGGGCAGCAUUCCCGCUUCCGGUGUCGACGCUGUUGAUAGCAUUUCGUCUUUCUUAACCAGUCUUCACACUCUGUCAGCCGAAUUGCGCAAGGAAACCCCUGGUACUCUAACUGAGGAGAACAAGAACCUGGUGAAGCAUCUCAAGUCCCGGAAGCGCAAGCUCUAUGCCGAGACAUUCAAGGCUGUCAGAGAGAUGGGAUUCAACUACAACCUCGGAACCGACGCGCUGGAAAAGCAGGACUCUCUUGCCGCGGUCCUUUCAAGGUCGAGCCCAAUUAUCUCAGAACUUGUUCCCGCCAACAGUGCCUCAGAAUACUACUUCCACAAGAUCCUCGACCUGGCCCCACGAUUCCGCAACGCCGCUCACGAUCACAACGAAGACCUCACGGCUGCUGAGGUUGGCAGAAGUAUUGGAUUUCUCGAGGGCAUACUACAAAUCAUCAUCAACCAGCGCCAGACUCUCUCGGCGACGCUCCUUACUACAGAGAGUCUUACGGUCAAGGUUCAACAGGCUCAGACACUUGCAGCCGCUACCCACGGUGAGAUCCAUGCAAGAGAAAAGAGGAAGUCGAAUGCCCCGAAGGCAUCCGCCUGGAUUGUGCCCAUUCUGGAAGUUGCUGCGCAGUUGAUCGCAAUACACGGCAAAUUUGGAGCGAUUGACAACAGCUCAAUUCUCAGUAGUCUCAGCGAGUGGCGUCACAAACUCUCGAGUAUCCCUGGGAGAUUUGCGACAUCUGGCACAUUACCUCGUGGGCUCGUCUCAGCUGACCGCUUGAAGGCUGAGACUGAGUUCGCUAGACUGAUUCAGGACCUGGAUGCAGAUUUGCAGAUUCAGAGCGAAUCAAGGCCCGACCUAGCCUUCAUACUCGACAAGAUACAACUGUGGACUUUGUUUGACGAACAGGAAGUUCCGCUCUCUGUUUCAGGCAAAGACAACCAGACCAAACUGCUCAACGCUAUCAAGAAACUCUGUGACAGCAUUCUCGUCGCUGUCGAGCAAUUCAACAAGUCUAUGGCGAACCUACCCACUUCGUCCGAGGAGUCAGGUUGGCUGAUGAAGUACGAUGAAACUCUGAUGACUGCUACAAAGGCUCUCCACAUGGAUAAGAUCAUCAAGACCCUUGAGCAUGCCUUGUCCUCAUUCGUCGAAGUCAACCUUGAGGAUGUUGAAAUUAACAGCCUGGCAUCAUCGCUCAUGGCUGUGACUUGCCCUAUCAUUGAGCAGUACCAUAUCAUCUGCAGGUCUCACGUCUUGAGCUACGCGCAUCUCAAUCAUAGCACUUCUAAGAUGGCCCACACUCUGAGCAAGAGCUUUGUUCAACUCGCCGGCCAAGGCUUCUGCACGCCUCAAGAAAAGUCUGACGAAGAAUCCGGUGACAGCGGCAAGCUAGAAAGCGGCACAGGCCUCGGCGAAGGAGAAGGCGCAGACGAUAUCAGCAAGGACAUCCAACCUGACGAAGACCUUUCUGAACUAGCUCAGGAGAAGAACAAGGAGUCCAAGGACGGCGAAGAGCUUGAAGAUGAGAAAGAUGCCGUCGAUAUGGCCGACGAGGACCUUGAGGGCGAAGUUGGCAGCGUUGCUGGUGAAGACGACGACGAAAAGGGGUCCAAAUCAGGUGACGAAGAGGAUGAAGAGAACGACAUGGACGAAGAGACCGGAGAUGUCGAUGACCUGGACCCCGACGCCGUUGAUGAAAAGAUGUGGGAUGGCGACAACGAAGAAGAGGCGGAGAAAGAUCAACAAGGCGACAAGUCCAAGGGUCAACAGAAGAAGGAUGAACAGAUGGCUGCCGAUCAGAAGCCAGACGACAAGGACGCCCAGCCUGAGGAAGAUGGCGAGCAGCAGGGUGAUGAAGAUGAGAACGAAGAUCUCGGCGCCGAGCAGGAUGAGGAUGUGCAGUUCGACGAGAUGAACCAUCAGGACCAGAAUGUCCAGGAGCAAGAGACCCUGGCCUUGCCGGACGAUAUGGACAUUGACGGAAAUGACGAUGAUGAUAUGUCAUCAAUUAGCGACGACGAUUUGGACAAGCUGUCUGAUGUGGAGGAGCAAGAUACGAAUGAGCAAGGAGAGCUGAGCGACAAGGAGAGUGAACAUGGCGAUGAUGCAGACAUGAAUGUGCCUGCGGACGAGGAGAAGGAAGAUGCGGAGACAGAAGAACAGCAGGACGAGGAGAACGCCAAUAUCAAGGAGAACGAGGAGGUGGACCAGGAUCGGGAUCAAGAUGACGAGGCUGAGGAUCGCGAGAAGGCCGACAACGCACCGAUGAACGACGAAAGCAACGCCGACAACGUGGCGCCAAGCGAUGCCCAGAACGGCGGCCAAGACCAAGACGCCAACCAGACUGAGGAUCAAGAUCAGGAUGGUUCUCAAGACAAUAGCGCUCAGCGCGAGAGUGGCGAGAUGGGAGAGAGUGCUGCGGAUCAAGAAACGUCUAGCGGCAACAAGGGCAGCGUCUCCCAAGCCCAGGAACAACCAGCCCAGUCAGAAAUGGAGGAUGCCAGGGACUCGGCUAUUGAGCAGCCAUUCAAGGCUUUGGGUGACGCGUUAGAGAAGUUCUACCGCCAGCAGCGGGAUAUCAAGGAGUCGCGAAAGGAUCCGGCUGAGCAACAACAACAGCAGCAGCCUAUGCCAGAUAUGAACGAACAAGAGAUGGCAUCUCGGGAGUUCCAACAUCUCCAGGACGAUGAAACGGCUGCUGACACUCAGGCAAUCGGGACUGCUACCGAAGAGGAGUCCCGCCCUUUCGACGACACCAUGGCGAUUGACGAUGAAACUCAAGCUCAAGAUAGUAGAGUUCAGCAGCCGGACGAGGAACAAGCUGGCCGAGACGAGGACAGUGCUGACAAGAUGGACACUUCUGAACCGUUGGAGUCCAGCACAAAACAAGAACCACAGACCGAUGAACCUCGGACGGGAGUGUCGACUCGACAGGGUGCUUAUGACCGAGAGGAUACGCCGCCUAUGGAUGGAGCAGUUGAGCUAGAAGAGGAUGACGACGAAGAAGACGUUGAAGAAGCAUCAGUCCAGCUUGAGUCAACUCACUUGUCAGGUCCUGCGCAGGACUUGAGAGACUUUGACGAGUCAAUGCAGCAGUGGACCACCUUCCAGACCAAGACGAACCCGCUGUCUCUGUCGCUUACUUCGCAGCUUCGCCUCAUCCUCACUCCGUCUCAGUCAACCAAGCUUUCUGGAUCUUACCGUACCGGUAAGCGCCUCAACAUCAAGCGCAUCAUUCCAUAUAUCGCAUCGAGCUACAAACGCGACAAGAUCUGGAUGCGCCGCGCCAUCCCCACAAAGCGAUCUUACCAGAUCCUCCUCUGCGUCGAUGACAGUAAAUCCAUGGGCGAGUCAUCGUCCGGUACCCUGGCUCUUGAGUCCCUUGUCAUGGUCUCGCGUGCAUUGACCAUGCUUGAGGUUGGUCAAGUCGGUGUCCUGGGCUUUGGUGCCAACACUUUCAUGGCCCAUGAGUUCGCCGAGCCAUUUGCUUCCCACGACGCUGGCGCCAAGGUUUUGCAGAAGUUCUCCUUCAACCAGGACCACACCGACAUCCGCCAGCUCGUGCGUGACACGAUCUCGCGCUUCCGAACAGCGCGCCUCCAAAACCCCGGCCGAGGCUCCGAGGACCUCUGGCAGCUUGCCCUCGUCCUCUCGGACGGCCUGACCCCGUCUGCGGAGCACGAGGACAUCCGCCGCCUCCUGAGAGAGGCACACGAGGAGCGCAUCAUGGUCGUCUUCAUCGUCAUGGACGACACAGCGUCCAAGAAGCGCGAUAGCGUGCUCAACCUGCGCACGGUGCAAUUCGUCAAGGACGCUCUCGGCAACACCACGGGCGAGAUCAGCUGGGAGUACUACCUCGACAGCUUCCCCUUUCAGUACUACCUGAUCGUGCACAACCUGGAGGACCUCCCCGGUGCGUUGGCAGGACUGCUGAGAUCCUGGUUCGCUGAGGUCAAUGCGUAA